AUGCUGAUGCCAGGGGGACCGCUGCAGUUGCUGCCUUUGCUGGUGCUGUUAGCCUGCCAUGGAACUGCAACGGCACCGGCAGCCUUCCCAAACCGAAGGGAGCUCAGGGCUGCGGUGAUUGGUUGGAGAUCGGAAGCAAGGAGAAGCAGGUUGAUCUCUACAUAUGGGAGCAUUGAGGUCUGGGACGUGUCAGGAGUGACCAGCAUGCGAGAGCUGUUCUCAGGACUCUCCUGGUUCAAUGAAAGCAUUGGAGCGUGGGACACCUCUGCAGUCACCGACAUGCGGGGCAUGUUCUCUCGAGCCAGUGCCUUCAAUCAACCGAUUGGCUCAUGGAACACCUCUGCCGUGACCAGCAUGAGGUCCAUGUUUGAGGAUGCCAAAGCCUUUAACCAGCCGAUUGGUUCAUGGAACACCUCGGCAGUAACCGAUAUGCGGAGGAUGUUCGCCUAUGCUCAGGCCUUCAACCAGCCCAUCGGUACCUGGAACACAGCUGCAGUGACCACAAUGGCACUCAUGUUUCGUAGUGCCGAGGCCUUUGACCAUCCGAUCGGUUCAUGGAAUACUCGUGCAGUGACGGACAUGUCAUACAUGUUCUUAAGCGCCUAUGCCUUCAACCAGCCGAUCGGUUUCUGGAACACUUCUGCAGUCACCAACAUGAGGUUCAUGUUCGACAAAGCAAGCAACUUCGACCAACCGAUUGGUUCGUGGAACACUUCCUCAGUGUCUGACAUGGCAUACAUGUUCUCUGGUGCCCAUGCCUUUAACCAGCCACUUGGUUCAUGGAAUACAUCUGCAGUGACUGACAUGGCGUAUAUGUUCUCACAUGCCAAGUCGUUUGACCAGCCAAUCGGUUCAUGGAACACAGCAGCAGUGAAGAAGAUGACUCACAUGUUUGAAGCUGCCGUGGCUUUCAACCAACCCCUCGGUUCAUGGAACACAGCGGCAGUGAACAGAAUGGACCACAUGUUUGACGGUGCAAGUGUCUUUGACCAGCCGAUUGGACCAUGGAACACCUCUGCAGUCACCACCAUGCAGGCCAUGUUCUACAAUGCCAAGGCCUUUGACCGCCCUAUCGGUGUAUGGAAUACCUCUUCGCUCAAAACGCAUGACCAGAUGUUUCACGCACUGACGCCACCCUGCAAACCUGGAAGAGGGCCAGGUAGGAACCAACUGAUGUGCGAACGCUGUGGGGUUGGCCAAUAUGCCCCAGCUCAUAGCUUUUGCCAAGGUUGUCCAGAAGGUGCGGUGCCCUCAGAUGACCGGGGCACCUGCGUCGACUGUCCGACAUUCCAUUUCUCCGUGACCAGCAGUGACAAGUGUGUGGCAUGUGACUUGCCCUUGGCUUUGGUGGACAACAACUGCAUAUGGUGGCACUUGCCGUUGGGGGCGGUUUGUGUGACAGCCGUUGCAGUUGCUGCGCGCCUCCUGAUUGUGUGCAUCCGGGUAAGAAAGGCCGCGAAAGUUGCACGCCUUCUAGAGGACGUGUAUGAUGCCUUAUGGGAUGAAGAGCCGACCUCCUUGGCCAGCUACACCAAGAAGUUGCUUGGCCUUGGGUUUCAGGAUGCUUCCCAAAGCAUUUGCGAGAUGCGUGCCCUGCAGAGCCAAAGAGCCGGGGUUGGCAUCGCAUAUCUCCUGUCGCCCGAGUUUGCGCAGCUGGCCCAGGGGCGCAGCAAGAAGGAUGACCCAACUUUCAUCGAUUUAAAGACAGCCUUUUGGCUCUCUGGCGAGCCCAUUGGGGAAGACAUCAUCUGCCCCCGUGACGGCCGGGCCGGAUGCGCGCUUGUGGAUUGGAUGCCACGCGAACAUCGUCGGGAGCAGACGCAUUUCAUGAGCUGGACCUGGAAAUACACUGUACGGCAGGUGCAGGAUGCGCUGCAGACCUUCCGAGACACCCUGGAUGCGCAACCCUGCUAUUUGUUCGUGUGCUUCUUCGUGAACAAUCAGCACAGAAUCAUAGUGGAAGGAACCACGGCUGGCAGUGACAAUCUUGAAGAUGUUUUCGAGAGCAACCUCAAGCGCAUUGGCAAGAUGGUUGCCAUCUUGGAUACCUUUGACAGACCCAUGUACCUCACUCGUAUAUGGACCGUGUACGAGCAGUAUGUGGCCUCCACAAUCCAAAUCGAGGUUCAGUUCAUCAUGCCAAGGGCAGCAGCCAACCAUCUCCAACAGCAGAUCGCCUGUGGCGCAGAUGGCAUCGACCGGGUCAUCGAAGCCCUGAGCAAGGUGAACUCCGAGAAAGCGGAGGCCUGGAAGAUGGAGGAUGAGAUGAAAGUGAAGUCCUUGAUCCAGGACACCGUGGGUUUCCAUGCCGUUGACCUUCACGUGACAAACGUGAUGACGACGUGGAUCGGGAAAGUCGUGGAACAGACGUGCCGCGAGUUGCUCGAGAGGGCACGAGCCAAGGAGGCUGCAAGGAGCAAGGAGCAAGGUGGUGAGGUGGGUUCGGAGGGCUUCGAUGAGCACGUCGUCCGCACCUACUCCCAGGGCGAACGCUUUGGCAUCUCGGAAGAACUAGGUGAGCUUGCCUUCAUCAACCGUACGCCCAGGGCAGCCACCGUUACGGCCACCCAAGUUCAACUCCUCAGCUUGGACCGGGACGACUUCGAGCGCGUCGUGGGCCUCCUGGGGCGAUUUGAAGUAUGGGUGGGUUCCUUGGACAUCAAGCAGAAGGAGAACUACGCGUCGGAUCCGCGCAAGGCCCUGGCAGACUUCUACGGAAUCGGGGGCCCGAAUGGGCCUCGGGGUGUGGACGUCGAGAGCCCGGAGGGCCAAUCUGCGUGGUUUGCCGUCUACAGACCAACGAGCCGAGAUGCGCUGGCCAAGAUGCUGAAUCAGACAGCUGUGGGCAAGGGACUGAAUGUCAAAGGAAAGUUGGGCAUGUUCGUCCUGGAGGAUUCCGAGGUCACGCUUGACUCAGGAGUGGGCAGGGGGCCGGCAUGGCGAGCAGUCGUGAUGGUAGUCAUGCUCAUCCUUCUUCUAAGCCAUGGUGGCGACAGGCAGUCGCUCUUCGUGGGUUCAAGCCGCCUGUGUGGAGCUGCAGCGACGCGCCCCUUUUGCACAACUCUGCGGCUCAGGGUGCUGCAAGGGCUGCGGAAGCGGAGAGGUGGAAGCCCCAAGCCGCGCCUUGGCGGGGGUGGCAGGGGUGCUGCCGAGGAGCCAGCAAGAGCACUGACAAGAAAGCUCUCCGGGACCAAGUCCGCUGGAGCUGUCCUCGUCCUGGUGGGAAAGGAGGUGGACGGCGCGAUCUUCAAUCACUUUCACAUGUCAGUAACGUUCAAUCGGUUGGCCAGGUGUAGCCAGCGGCGGCAACUCAGCAAACGUGACGUGGCUAGCCCCGUUUGGCCAAGACUUAUGACUCGACUGCGUGUCAUGCUCAAGGAUAGCAUGCUCCCUGCACGAGAAAUGACAAAUGUGUUUUGGGCCAUUGGCGAACUUCACAGUGAGCUGUGUGGGAAGGUCAGAGGAUAUGACAAGCAGCUGCUGCAGGAGUUCAUGAGGCACAUAAAGAGGGAGGCGGCUGCCAUUGAUCCACAGGGGCACGCAAACUGCUUGCUCACUCUCGCCAGGGAGGGAAAUGCAAUGCCAGAUGUACGUUCCACCGUGAAGUCCAUGGCUGUGCACAUACCGCACCAGGUAGGUGGCAUGAUUCCUCAGGCCUUGUCAAACUGCUUGUGGGCAGCUGCAAAUUUGCAAGACGCUGCGCCAGAGGUGCUGACAUCUGUGCCGGCCAUUGCAAAGCGCAUACCACACGAGGUAGAUGGCAUGAAGCCCCAAGAGUUGUCAAACAGCUUUUGGGCAGCUGCAAGUUUGCAAGAUGCAGCGCCAGAGGUGCUGGCAGCUGUGUCGGCCAUUGCAGAGCGCAUACCGCUCGUGCUAGAUGGCAUGAUUCCUCAGGCCUUGUCAAACUGUUUAUGGGCAGCUGCAAAGUUGCAAGACGCCGCGCCAGAGGUGCUGACAGCUGUGCCGGCCAUUGCAGAACGCAUACCUUCCAAUGUGCAGGACUUUAACCCUUUGGAUUUGAACCAAAGUCUCUGGGCAGCUUGGAAGCUACAAGAUGCCGCACCAGGGUCACCCGAGGUGCUGACAGCUGUGCCAGCCAUCGCAGAGCGCAUGCUGCGGAAUGAGCGGUGCUGGCAGCUGUGCCGGCCAUUGCAGAACGCAUACCACACAAUGUGUGCCAUGGCACCGGUAGCGUUGCAGAUGUCUUUGUGGGCAGCCUCAGAGCUUGGAGACGACAACUUGGCAGCCCAAUUUCGGAAGGAGCUGAACCAAGAAGCGCUGAGCCGCUCCUUCCGUUUCGUAGCGGCAACAGCUCACCAGGUGCUGGCAUGGGCCAUGGUGGCCAGGAUCUCAAGGUCCGCGAAGCGGAAUCACCUUUCUGGCUUCGUACCCUUCCUCCAGAUCAGUGAGGAGAGGCACAAGACGCGGCUGCACCCACCGCCCGUGAAUUCGCGGGUCAUGAUCUACUACCAGAACAAGGAGGCACAAAAUCUGGCGCUACUGCAGCUUGAGCGAGUGGCAGGUAUCCUCCAGGAGCGCCAAGAAUGCACUCCGUUUCAUCCCAUCCGCAAGGAUGAGUCAUACUCCGGCAUCUUUGGCCUCAAUGUGCCUGAGGAGGUUCUGCGAGAGGCUUACAUCCUCGAGCCAGACAUUACCUUUCAGGCUGGUUGGGAGACGGGACGAGCUUCAGAGCCCGCGUUUAUGGAGAUGAGAAUCUCCACGCUGUUCGCAGCAACUCCCGUCCGAAGGUUGUUCUCUACCAGCGGCUUGUCGUCAGGUAUGCGCCCUGGCUGCAACAUGGCUCUGGUGGAAGCAUGUGGCAGCAAUUGCAUUCAUGUCUUCGACUCGAGCUUUGUUUUGGUAAAGGGUGCUGCGCUUCGUUCCCGGAGUGAUGCCACCAACCCCAUGAAUCCCCAUGGGCUCCUGGUUGCCUACGCGGAGUCCAUGGUGAAGCCGGUGGUUUCGGAGCCCUGGCAGCUCAAAGCGGCUGGAGUUGAGGACUUCGAUACCUUUACUGUUGGCAGCCGCGGCAUGCGGUACGAGCGCAUUGCCGCCGAUCAGUGUGACCUCAUGUCCUGGACCUUGGAUCACACUAAGCGCAUCCUCGAGAAGCCUGCCGGCCUCUCCUGGAACUCGCGCCCCUCGGUGCGUCCUACAGGGCUGCUUCCAGAGAAUCUGGGUUUAGGGUUUAGAGUUUAG